AUGUCUUUGCAAGGACAAUUGGAUAGGUUCAAGAAACAGCAAGAGAAGUGUCAAUCGACGCUUUCGAGCAUUGCGGGGAGCCAGGUUGGUGGUAGAAAACCUAGUAAUCCAGUUGCUGCACAUGCGUCGAUCAAUGGGAGAAAUCAGACUACUGGUGUCAAAUUCUCCAAAGACACGGAGAGGCUUCAGCAGAUUAAUAGUAUACGUAAAGCUCCUGUUGGUGCUCAGAUGAAGCGUGUUAUUGAUCUUUUGCUUGAGACGCGGAAGGCAUAUACUCCAGAGCAAAUUAAUGAAGUAUGCUAUGUUGACAUGCGGGCUAACAAAGAUGUUUUUGACAAUCUGAGGAAAAACCCAAAAGUAUACUAUGACGGGCAACGAUUCUCUUACAAGGCAAAGUAUGGCCUUAAGGAUAAAACUGAGCUUCUUCAACUGGUACGUAAGUAUCCAGAGGGCAUUGCUGUUAUUGACCUAAAGGAUGCUUAUCCCUCUGUGAUGGAAGACUUACAGGCUUUGAAAGCUGCAGGGCAGAUUUGGCUGCUUGCCAACUUCGAUUCACAGGAAGAUGUUGCGUACCCGAAUGACCCCAAAGCAAACAUUAAGGUGGAUGAUGACCUAAAACAGCUAUUCCGGAGUAUUGAGUUGCCUCGUGACAUGAUUGAUAUAGAGAAGGAUCUUCAAAAGAAUGGAAUGAAGCCUGCUACCAACACUGCAAAGAGGAGGAGUGCAGCACAAAUUGAUGGCCCUUCUUCCAAGCCCAAGCCUAAGAAGAAGAAGAAUGAAAUCACCAAGAGAACCAAGCUGACCAAUUCCCAUCUUCCAGAGCUUUUUCGGAACCUAAACAAUUCGUGA